AUGGGCAGUGUGGGCAGCCUCCUGCCCAGCCGGCCCCGCCACGAUCGUGCUGGCCAGCCCUGCGACGGGGGAGCCCCCACCGCCUCCUUCCGCAAGCAGGAGGGGCUGCUCCGGGCCACCCCCCGGGACCCCCCACACCCUGAGGACCCCUGCACGACUGUGCCCAGCGUCAUCCAUGCCUACACUAAUGGGGGCUUCUGCAGCAACUGGCUCGAUGCUUCCUCUCCCAUCAGCCCCUGCAGUGACUCAGAUGAGCCCCACGAUGACCGAGCCCCGAGCGGUCACCUCCAGGGGCCACCCCCCAAGCUCGUCCCUGUCUCUGGCAAGCUGGAGGAGCCCGGAUCCCUGAGCUGCCGCGCCAGCACCCUCUCCGACUCAGGGCGCAACUCCCUCUCCAGCCUGCCCACCUACAGCACAGGCUGCAGCCAGCAUCCCGAGGUGGGUGCCCUGCCGGCCACCCCCCAUGGCCCCCCCGACCCCUCGGGGGGCUGUCGCCCCUCCAACUCGGACAGCGGGCGCUCGUCCUCCAGCAAAAGCACAGGCUCGCUGAGUGGCCGGGGCCAGCCCUCCUCGGACAGUGGCUCCUGUGGGCGCUCUCCCCUGCCUGGGGAGGAGGCCAUGCUGGUGCGGGAGCUGGAAGACAAGCUGCGGGAGAGGGAGGCCGAGUUGCAGCUCCUGCGUGACAGCCUGGAUGAGAACGAGGUGGCCAUCUGCCAGGUGUACGAGGAGAAGCAGCGGCGCUGUGAGCAGGAGCUGGAGGGGCUGCGGCAGCGCUGUGCAGCCCAGGCACGGCAGGCAGCCCAGGCAGCGCAGCGUGGGCAACAGGUCCUGCAGCUCCAGGUGCUGCAGCUGCAGCAGGAGAAGAAGCAGCUGCAGGAGGACUUUGCCCAGCUGCUGCAGGAGCGGGAGCUGCUGGAGCGUCGCUGUGCCUCCUUCCAGCGCGAGCGCACCGAGCUGGCACCCCGGCUGGAGGAGACCAAGUGGGAGGUGUGCCAGAAGUCGGGAGAGAUCUCGCUGCUGAAGCAGCAGCUGAAGGAGGCACAGGCGGAGCUGGGUGAGGACCCCCCAUCGGAGAUCUGUGAACCCCCUGGUCCCAACCUGCCCUUUGAAGAGAUCACGGCCACCGAGAUCUGA